CCGUCUCGCCCCGCCACCGCCCAGAGAAUCUCCGGCGCUACGAAGGGUUGGGGUGGUGAGAGCUGCGCGGCGCAGAGUGCUGGCGGGCUUAGCUGAGACGCCGAGCAGACUCCGCGGGCGCCGGGUUAUGGGCUAACCUGUAGCCAUGACCCUCGCAGCCUUUCCCUCGGCCUCAGCCUCGGGCGUCUAAUACCCGGAGCAGCGCGGGCAACCGGCGCCCCCGUGCAAACUGGGGGUGUCUGCUGGAGCAGCCCCCGCCGCCGCCGCUGCUGCCCCGGGCUCUGGCCAUGGCCUGGCGGGGCGCAGGGCCGAGCGUCCCGGGGGCUCCGGGAGGUGUCGGACUCAGUCUGGGGCUGCUGCUGCAGUUUCUCCUGCUGCUGGGGCCGGCACGGAGUUUCGGGGACGAGGAGGAGCGGCGCUGCGACCCCAUCCGCAUCUCCAUGUGCCAGAACCUCGGCUACAACGUGACCAAGAUGCCCAAUCUGGUGGGGCACGAGCUGCAGACCGACGCAGAGCUCCAGCUGACAACUUUCACGCCGCUCAUUCAGUACGGCUGCUCCAGCCAGCUGCAGUUCUUCCUUUGUUCGGUUUAUGUGCCAAUGUGCACAGAGAAGAUCAACAUCCCCAUUGGCCCGUGUGGCGGCAUGUGUCUUUCAGUCAAGAGACGCUGUGAACCAGUCCUGAAGGAAUUUGGAUUUGCCUGGCCAGAGAGCCUAAAUUGCAGCAAAUUCCCACCACAGAACGACCACAAUCACAUGUGCAUGGAAGGGCCAGGUGAUGAAGAGGUGCCCUUACCUCACAAAACCCCGGUCCAGCCUGGGGAGGAGUGUCACUCUGUGGGAACCAAUUCAGAUCAGUACAUCUGGGUGAAAAGGAGCCUGAACUGCGUUCUUAAGUGUGGCUAUGAUGCUGGUUUAUACAGCCGCUCUGCCAAGGAGUUCACUGAUACCUGGAUGGCCGUGUGGGCCAGCCUGUGCUUCAUCUCCACUGCCUUCACUGUGCUGACCUUCCUGAUUGAUUCUUCCAGGUUUUCUUACCCUGAGCGCCCCAUCAUAUUUCUCAGUAUGUGCUAUAAUAUUUAUAGCAUUGCUUAUAUUGUCAGGCUGACUGUAGGCCGGGAAAGGAUAUCCUGCGAUUUUGAAGAGGCAGCAGAACCCGUUCUCAUCCAAGAAGGACUUAAGAACACAGGAUGUGCAAUAAUUUUCUUACUGAUGUACUUUUUUGGAAUGGCCAGCUCCAUUUGGUGGGUUAUUCUGACACUCACUUGGUUUUUGGCAGCAGGACUCAAAUGGGGUCAUGAAGCCAUUGAAAUGCACAGCUCUUAUUUCCACAUUGCAGCCUGGGCCAUCCCUGCAGUGAAGACUAUUGUCAUCUUAAUUAUGAGAUUGGUGGAUGCAGAUGAACUGACUGGCCUGUGCUAUGUUGGGAACCAAAACCUCGAUGCCCUCACUGGCUUUGUGGUGGCCCCUCUCUUCACUUAUUUGGUGAUUGGAACUUUGUUCAUUGCUGCAGGUUUGGUGGCCUUAUUCAAAAUUCGGUCAAAUCUUCAAAAGGAUGGGACAAAGACAGAUAAAUUGGAAAGGCUGAUGGUCAAGAUUGGGGUCUUCUCAGUACUAUACACAGUUCCUGCAACCUGUGUGAUUGCCUGUUAUUUCUAUGAAAUCUCUAAUUGGGCGCUCUUUCGGUAUUCUGCAGAUGACUCUAAUAUGGCUGUUGAAAUGUUGAAAAUUUUUAUGUCUUUGCUCGUGGGCAUCACUUCAGGCAUGUGGAUCUGGUCUGCCAAAACGCUUCACACAUGGCAGAAAUGUUCCAACAAAUUGGUGAAUUCCGGGAAGGUAAAGAGAGAGAAGAGAGGGAAUGGUUGGGCGAAGCCUGGGAAAGGCAACGAAACUGUGGUGUAGGGCUUAGCCAGCCUCCACACUUUCCUCAUCUUGAAGGGGGGUUGCCAGCAUUUCUGUGGAAGUGCAACUAAAAGUUUUAUGUGGUGAAUCUCAGUUUGAACAAACUCGCAACACUUAAGAGAUCCCCAUCAACCCACCACUCCUCGCCCCCACCCCAGCAUCAUAAAAACCAAUGAUCUUGCUGCAGACUUUGGAAUGAUCCAAAAUGGAAAAGCCAGUUAGAGGCUUGCAAAGCUGUGAAAAAUCAAGAUGUUGAUCACUUUAGCAGGUCGCAGCUUGGAGCAUGGAGGUCCUGCCUGAAUCCAAAAAGUUCAGGGCGAUGCUGUUUUUCCCUACUGGGUGGGAUUUGAGUGUGAGUUGGUAACUUGCAGGGAGAAAGACUAAUAUUUUUAAUCCUUUAAAUUCUAAAUACUAACUAGGUCUUUCAGAUAGCAAAGUGAUCUAUAAACACUGGAAAUGCUGGGUUCAGAGAAGUGUUACAAGAGUUUUAUAGUUUGGCUGAUCUAACAUAAACAUCUGUGGUGCACUGUCUUCUGUUUAGAACUUUGUGGAUUGCACUCCCAAGAGGUGGUGUCAAAAUCUUCCAGUGCCUUUGUCAUAAAACAGAAUUGUUUGAACAAACAAAAGUACUGUACUAACACACACAAGGUAUCCAGUGGAUUUUUCUUCUCUUUUUUCCUCUUAAAUUUCAAUCUCUGUUCUAGGCUGCUGCUGUUUUCUUCAUUUUACACUAAUGACCCCCCAAAAGGUAUUUUUAUAGGAAUUUUUGCUCUGCAGCAUGCCUAAUGAGGAGAAAAGGAAGGGUGAUUCACUUUCUGACAAUCACUUAAUUCAGAGGAAAAAUGAGAUUUACUAAGUUGACUUACCUUAGCAACCCCAGAGACCUAUUGCAUUGAGCAAUGGGGACUUAAUAUAUUUUACUUUGUGUGAUUGCAUCUAUGCAGACGCCAGUCUGGAAGAGCUAAAAUGUUAAAUUUCUUGGCAACUUUGCAUUCACACAGAUUAACUGUGUAAUUUGUGUGUGUCAAUUACAAUUAAAAGCGCAUUCUUGGACCAUGACAUAGUAUACUCAACUGACUUUAAAACUAUGGUCAACUUGCAUUCUUAGAAUGAUAGUGCCUUUUUUCCUUGGCAUAAGAAUGUUAUCAGAGUCUGGUCUACUUACCACCAGGAAAACUUACUCAGUUUUGUAAAGGGAACUAAGGACAGCUAAUCCAACUACUUGGUGCAUAAUUAUUCCUUAGUAAUUGGCAAAGGCUCCUUAUAAGAUUUCAUUGAAGGCAGUGUGGCCUGAAGUAUUUAUAUGGUGCUUAAUGAAUCUCCAGAAUGCCAGCCAGGAGCUGGAUUGGUUAGCAGGGAAUAAAGUGUAGACCAUAUGAAAUGAACUGCAAACUCUAACAGCACAAGUCUUAAUUGCCUUUUGCAGAGGUAUCCAAAGCUUUUAAAAUUUAUGCUUUACGUUUCUCACAAGGGGGCACCCCCUAGCAGCCUAUCAAAAGUUGCAGUUCUUUUAAAGUUGUUAACUGGCCUUUCUCCUAACUCACCUUAGGCUUUCUAAUCACCAGGUCUCUGAGACAAUUUGUUGUCAGUGUCACAGGUUGCUCUUCUUAUAACCCAUACCUGACUUUGCUUCAGCAACUGCUUUGCAAGGACUCACUUAUUAAUUCAUGCCUUUUUAAAAAAUAGGAGGAAAGCUCAUUUUUCUUUUUCUUUCCAUUGCACUUUAAGUGGAGAAACAUUUCUAGGGACUCAAAUUCCAAAUAGGUAAUCGAAUUCUGAAAAUAAGCAUGACUUUUUUGUUUGAGCUUUAUACCAAUGGUUUGACGUUUCCCUUCCUUCUUUGUUUUUGUGUAUAAUUGAACAGUCUGAGAUCCAGAUGCACAUAAAGUGCAUUGUGUGUUUAGAAAGGAAAGUCCUGGAACUUUUUAGAUAGAAACUUUGUGGGCCUGGGUGGCCCCUGCUGCUUCAUGAGUACCUAGGCUGGACUUUGGGUUAGAGCUCUAGGAGCAUGAGAACUGAUCCCCGGAAGGACCAGUGUAAUUUCGUCUGACUGCAUUGCCUAUGAAAUGUAAAAUGUGAACUCUCCGUGCUGCUUGCAGAUAGUUCCCAUAGCUGUCCAGGGCCCUGGAGCAUGCACCCAGGGGCAGAGUCUGCCCUUACUCACGCUCUGCUCUGGUGUCUUGGGAGUUGUGCAGGCAUUCUGGCCCAGGAAAAAGAAGGACCAUGCAGUGGGGAGACUUAAUGCUAGAGUAUAGAGGUUUGUAAUGUAGUUUUCUUUGUAACACUUUAGUGAUUUUGUGACCAAGACAGAACCUAGCAGAGGGAUGGGCAGUAUUGGCCAAUGAUUAAAUAAUAAUUCUAACAAUAAAAGGGCACUUAGGUGAAAAGGACUUCUGAGUUUUGGAGUAGUGCCCUGACAACAUUUUGGAGUUUGACUGUCUAUUUCACAAAUCUCUUGCCUUCUCAGAGGAAGGCACAUUUAAUCAUAAAUAGCCAUAUGUGCAGACUGGAUUGGUAGUGUUGGCAAUGCAACAUGGUUAUAGGCCUUUCCUUUCACAUUCCGGACAACGGAGUGUUUACAGUUUCAGGAAAGGAACUCUGUGACUGAGGAGUCACUUACCAACAAACUUCAAGUGACUCCAUUGCCUCUUAAAUUGAUAUUUGUUUAAAAAAGUAAAAGUCCAUUUUCAGCACAUUUAUUGAGUGCCAACUGUGUGUAAAGCCCUGUGUUAGAUGCUUGGGGAUGUCCUGGGAGAUCAGCUGUGUUCGUCUAAGGGAAGUAGGGUGGGGAUGCACUUAGGUCUGCUGAAAUUUACUAUUGGUUUUUUUGGAGGACUUGGGACCUCUGGAGUUCACAUCUGUUUUACUGUCUCCUUCCCACAAACCUCUUCCUGGGUCUCUUUACCUUUAACACAUCUCUAAUCCAUUCCCAGGAUUCCUUCCAAAUCAGUUACAGGGGUUUUGACAAAAAGCAUCAACUUUGCUUCAUGACAAUUUCCAUAGAAAUCCCCUAGGAAGACUCAGAAUAGGUUAUAAGGAAACAAGCUCCUGCUCCUAAUAUGGUUUUGGGGGUAGGCAAGUAGGCAAGUCAGAGCUUGGGGUGCUCCCUGGGAUUUGUGUAGAAAUAUUUGAAGACAUUUUCUUGCUAGAGGAAAAGUUAGAUUUGUUUUUAUUUUUCUUUCUCUGAAACUUAGUAUAAGUAGGUAUGCUUGUAGCUUUCUACAAAAAUCCCUCAGUCUCUAGAGAUUUUAUUAAACAGGGCCAAGGGCACCUCUGUCCAACCUCAUCUUUGACAGACUUUCUUCUGCUUGUAUAGGCCAAACCUCAGGGCAGAGGAACAUGGCUUAGGAACCAUCCGGCUUAACUACUUGGUUGAUUCAGAUUCUUUUUCCUUAAUGGAGACCCAUUUCCUGUUCACUGAGAUUGCUUCUGAACUGGCAGCUUGCUUAGCGGCCUGAAACCGGAGAAAGGGUGACCCUUUUCAUUUCCUUAACAUGCUUUUUGACUUUCCUUUCCCUGGUCACUCCUUCACCUGCACUUCUGCAUUAGAUGCUGAAUUGUGAUUCUAUUCAGCACCCCCAGCUCUGUAUCUCUGUUCCCAUUCGGCCUCCUGGUUAUAGAAUUAAAUCCUUUUUAUGUUAGAACCAGGCUGGGACCUGAGGAUACAAAGAUGAACUCAACACACUCAGCCUGAAGGGACAGGCUCAGUUUAAAGAGAUUUCACCAGUAAAGUGCAGUCUUUGACUUCUGGUGAAGUUAAGAAAAGGAGCCACAUAGGGCUGGAGAUGUGGAGAUGUGGUAGAAUGCAUGAAGUAUAAGGCCCUGGGGUUGAUCCCCAGCACUGGGAAGGAAAAAAAAAAAAAAAAAAAAAAAAAAGGUGGGAGAAAGGAGCCAAAACACAGACUUUGGAAGGAAACCUCUUAAAAUCAAUCUAUAUCCUGAAUUUCAUUCUGUAAUGGAAGGCACUGGAUAGAGUUGCUGUUCCAGCCUAUCACAUCAAGUUCCUGGAUUCUAACAAUUCUCUGUGUUCCUUUAUUGUAUUUGAGUUCAGAGUGCCUGUCUAGGUUUGCAUCAUUUCUGGCAAAGGACCUGGGUUAUCAUUUUUCCUCCAUGGCUAGGUCACAGAUCUUGGAAACAACUAGGAGAGCAUUUUGCUCCUACCUAGAAACAGAGCCUAGAGGCUUAAAUAAUGGAUUUUGUUUCAGGAUAACCUGGAUAGAGCUUUCUGUUGCUGCCUCUUGCCAUAAAUGCAUGCAAUAAUAGCAUGCUUGAUAGUACCAGGAGGAAAAGUGAGACUCAGAUUCCCCUGACAUGCCUCUUCCCUGGCUAGCCCAGUUGCCUUGCUAGUUGCCUUCUGCUUUCCUUAUUUCUGUUCUUUGUUUCUGCUUUACCUGUUUCCUUUCUUUGCAUCAGUGAAUUCCUAGUAUUCACCUAGGUAAUCUAUAAAGGGCCUUUUGGGGAUCCUGUAUGAGCCAUGCCCUCAAAGCUUUUGUACCUCCUUGAUCUCCUGUAAUAUUCAGUCCAUGACCACUGUCAUCCCCCAUAAGGCUUCUGAAAAGGGUGAGAGCAGCUCUGUCCCACAAAGGUUGGGUCCAUCUUCCCUCCCAGGUGGUGAAAAGUUUUCAAUCCUGUUAAUAGGCUUACACCCUGGCUUGACUGCAUUUUGGGAGGGGGAAGCUGCUUUCUAGAGCUCUCCCACUGAGGCUUGUUGGUGGUUCUGAAUUUCUUCUACCUCACAAUGUGUUGUGAGGCUUUAGAAGGUCUGAGAAUGAAGACCCUUUGAGCUCUUCAUAAGAAAGAUGUUAACUCCAAUAAGAGAAAAUAUAACUCAACCUGCUUUGUGCAGCAGUCCAGCUAGUUGGUCUGGGGCCUUUUCUUGGAUCCUUAUGCCACCCCACAGCUCCAGAAAACUGGAGGCCAACCUGGGGGACUUUCAGAUGUUCCAUGUAGAGGUACCUAUAUAUGUAACUCCUGCUACCCUUGCCCUGAAAGAAUUGCUGAAUUUCAAAGGAAAUGGACGUUGCUUUUAAGGAUGUACAAAAGUAUGUCUGCAUUGAUGUCUGUACUGUAAAUUUCUAAUUUAUCACUGUACAAAAAAACUUUGCUAUUUAAUUUUUGUAUUAAAGGAAAAUAAAGUUUUGUUUAUUAACUAGUG